AUGGUGAACCUGAUCGAGGCGCAGAAGCCGCUGCUGACGGGGAUGAUGAAGCUGGCCGGGCUGCGCCCCAUCGACGUCGAGCUGGAGCCGGGCACCACCAUGCACUUCUGGGCUCCCAAGCACCACGCUGCCAAGAAAGGCACCACCAUCACCCCCCUCGAGCCCAGCGCCGCCGCCGACGCCGCCACCAAGAAGAAGCCAUCCAGCAGCAGCCGACGUCGUCGUCCCGAGUCCAAGCCCAACGUGGUCCUGAUCCACGGCUUCGCCGCCGAGGGCAACGUCACCUUCCAGUUCAACUUCGGCGUGCUGGUGUCGCGCUACAACGUGUACAUCCCGGACCUGCUCUUCUUCGGCAAGUCGUCCACCACGGACAGCGCCGACCGUUCCCCGGAGUUCCAGGCGCGGUGCGUGGCGGCGGCGCUGGACAGGCUCGGCGUGGCGCGGUGCGACGUGGUCGGGUUCAGCUACGGGGGCAUGGUGGCGUUCAAGAUGGCCGAGACGCGGCCGGACCUGGUGCGGUCGCUCGCCGUGUCCGGGUGCGUGGUGGCCAUGACGGACGCCGUGAACAAGGAGACCAUGGCGCGGCUCGGGUCCGGGUCCUCCGCCGAGCUGCUCAUGCCGGAGACGCUCCAGGGGCUCAAGGCGCUCUUCAAAGUCUCCAUGUACAGGAAGAUGUGGUUCCCGGACAGGCUCUACAAGGACUACCUCAAGGCGAUGUUCACCAAUAGGAAGGAGAGGCAGGAGCUGCUACAGGGGUUGCUAGACAGCAACAUGGAUGCCAAGAUCCCUAUAUUCAAACAGAAGAUAAUACUGAUCUGGGGCGAGGAGGACAAGCUUUUCGACAUAGAGCUCGCCAAGAACAUGAAAGAGCAGCUGGGCGAGAACUGCCAACUCCAUGGCAUCCCGAAGGCCGGCCACCUGCUGCACCUCGAGCGGCCGUGCGCCUACAAUCGCCAGCUUGGGAGGUUCCUCGCCCACGUCAACUCCCAGGAAGAAGCCAAUUGA